AUGAAGAAGAAGCAGCAGCAGCAGCAUCCCGGCGGCGGCGGCGCGGAUCCCUGGCCCCAUGGGGCCCCUCUGGGGGGCGCCCCGCCCGGCCUGGGCAGCUGGAAGCGCUGGGUCUCCCUGCUGCCUUUCCUGCGCUUCUCCCUCCGGGACUACGGUUUCUGCAUGGCCACCCUGCUGGUCUUCUGCCUGGGCUCCCUCUUCUAUCAGCUCGGCGGGGGACCCCCGCGCUUCCUGCUCGACCUGCGGCAGUAUUUGGGAAAUUCCACUUAUUUGGACGACCAUGGACCACCUCCUAGUAAGGUGCUCCCUUUCCCAAGCCAGGUGGUGUACAACAGGGUGGGCAAGUGCGGGAGUCGGACCGUGGUCUUGCUUCUGAGAAUCUUGUCGGAGAAGCACGGAUUCAAUUUGGUCACGUCAGACAUUCACAACAAAACCAGGCUCACUAAAAGUGAACAAAUGGAACUGAUUAAAAAUAUAAGUACUGCCGAACAGCCCUAUUUAUUCACUCGACAUGUUCACUUCCUCAACUUCUCAAGGUUCGGAGGAGACCAGCCCGUCUACAUCAACAUCAUUAGAGACCCCGUCAACCGGUUCUUAUCUAACUACUUUUUCCGUCGAUUUGGAGACUGGCGAGGGGAACAGAACCACAUGAUCCGCACCCCCAGCAUGAGGCAGGAGGAGCGCUACCUGGAUAUCAAUGAGUGUAUUCUUGAAAACUAUCCCGAGUGUUCCAACCCCAGGUUAUUUUACAUCAUUCCGUAUUUUUGCGGACAGCAUCCCAGAUGCAGGGAGCCUGGCGAAUGGGCCCUUGAAAGAGCAAAACUGAACGUGAACGAAAACUUCCUGCUCGUGGGGAUUCUGGAAGAGUUGGAAGAUGUGCUGCUUUUACUGGAAAGGUUUUUACCUCAUUACUUCAAGGGCGUGCUCAGUAUCUACAAAGACCCAGAGCAUAGGAAGCUUGGGAACAUGACUGUGACCGUGAAGAAGACUGUCCCCUCUCCUGAGGCCGUGCAGAUUCUCUACCAGCGGAUGAGAUACGAGUACGAGUUCUACCACUACGUCAAGGAGCAGUUCCACCUGCUGAAGCGCAAGUUCGGACUCAAGUCUCGUGCCAGCCACCCCCCGCUGAGACCCCAGUUCUUUAUUCCAUCGCCACUGGAAACCGAGGAGCCGAUCGACGAUGAGGAACAGGACGACGAGAAGUGGCUCGAAGAUAUUUAUAAGAGAAACCAACAAGUCUCUCUAGAAUUUUUUCUUCGUUCCCUAAAAUUGGACAGUAGCCAAGAUAUAAAGCAAGUCAUUUGGAACCUGUCAAGUGUGCACUAAAGCUACUUUAUCAUGAGCUGUAUUGAGAAGGCUCCACCCCGCGGGAGGCCAGCGAAGGCUGGGACCACAAAGGCACAGAGUCCAGCAGUUGACCACUUGUGGGCCUCCUUUCUGCCUCAGAGAACUGGGGCCGGGAAGUGAUGAAGGGGAAUGUUCUUAGAAGAGGAAAUAUCCUUUGUCCUGUUGAGAGAGAGCAGGGCCCUACCGGUAGGCUUACUGUAAAAAUCCACCCGAGAGCAGCAAUCAUAUUCAGAAUAAGAGCAGGAGCUGCUGCUUGGGACCUAUGGUGAGUCAUUUCUUUGAAAUCGCAUGGAAAGAAUGAUGGUUGAUCGACGCACUGUGCAAUCGCAGUAUCUGAAACUAAGGCUGGCUAAGUGUUCUCUGCUGUCGUCUGAACAUCAGGAUGAUCGGUCAUUGACAGAGGCAUCCUCUUAGUGCAGGUUCACAGAAGCACUUCUCCUUGUGUGUUCAGAGGCAUUUCUUGUCAGCAGUGGUCGCUGUAACAUCACAUCGAGAGCUGCUGAUGGACCGACUUACAGGACCUUCAUGUAAUUUUGUCCCAACCAACAGCCUCCAGGUCCUAAAAGUCGAGGCACUUCAUCAGCUUCUUUGGCACACGUGACAACAUGUCUUUGGCCCUGAGCCCAACACAGUUUGUACUUCAUGAAAUAUAUUGUACAUUUUACAUAGUUUAAUUUAAAAAAUACAUUUUAAGCUGGUUGA